UCAAAGACAGACAGUAAAAGUUGAUCAAAAUGUUUUCGGUGGUUCAGCUGCCUCACUUUGUCGAACAAAAACUAGCCGAGAUCGCAUUGAGGGAAGGCUACAUGCAAGGAUCCUACCGGAUCGAACAGGAAACGUGUUCUGGGAAAGGAUUCAUCGGGCAACUGGUUCGGGUAAGCAUUUCGGAACCAGACAAAAGGACGCUCGCUUUGGUGUGCAAAUUCCCACCACAAGAUGGUGUUGAACGGGAACGCUACAAUUGUAUGGUGUUGUUCGAAAGGGAGAUUUUGGUUUACCGAGAAAUACUUCCGGAAUUUGAGCGUAUCCAGUUGGAGUAUGGUUUAGGCAGGGAUUCCUCCGAGGGUUUUUGGAACUACCCAAAGUGUUACUGGGCUUCGUACGAUGAAAAACGUCAGGAAUCAGUUUUGAUAAUGGAAGAUUUGGGCGGAAGAAAACUCCAGACAAAGGAUUGUUUUGUACCCCUUGAUUUCGAACAUUCCCAUCUGCUGAUGCAAGUACUAGGGAAGAUGACUGCCUGUUCGUUCGCUUUGCGAGAAAAGAAGCCUGAAGUUUUUACGAAGAUAAGAAAGCUGAACGACUUACUAAGCUCGGUUGUUAUGACGACGGAUCGGAUGAAACCUUUGUCGAGGAGCAAUUGUGAACUAGCUGCGUCUAUCUUCCAGGAACCUAACGAGCUUCAUAUACGCGAUAAGUUCCUGUCUCUUCGAGAUGGUAUCUGGGAGAAGACGAGGGUUCUGAUGGACAGCGACAAAGCAGAACCGUACGGUGCCUUCACCCAUGGAGAUUGUUGGACCAACAACAUUAUGUUUGGGUAUGAUCCCAUCACAAAAUCUCCGAAUGAAAUACUUCUGCUGGAUUUUCAAAUGGCCCGAUACUCGACUCCCGUGCUGGAUUUUCUAGGCUGUUUCAACCAAUGCGGAGAGGUUAGUCUGAGGAGAGAAAGAUUAACGGAACUUCUUGAAACUUUCUACAGCAGUUUCGCGACUACAUUCCGCAAGUUUGGAGGUGAUCCUGAGAGCAGUUUUCCUUACGAAGCGAUCGAACAGCAAAUGUGCCGCUUCGGAAUGCAAACGGUGGCCAUGGGAACCUACUGCAUUCCGAUUUUGGCUCAGCUUAAACCGGACUUUUUCGAAGACAGCGAACGGAAUCGAAAGUGCGAAACCCAUCGAGCCCAGUGGGAGCGCUAUGAGCAAAUGAUGCGAGAUCUGGUUAGGGAUACGGAACGGUUCGAUGAUCUGUAAAAUGUAUUGUUCUGUAAUCGUAAAAAAAAAAACAAUCAAAAAGGUGAAUCAAAGCAAUCGAAAGAUUCCUUUUGAUUCAACCACGGUACAGUUGAAUCAUUCAACCAAGUAGGCUCAUAACACAAUAGAAUAAA